UUAUUAUUCAUUUCCAAACAAAAUAAUUCUAACAGGUUUUUUUAAAUUCUUUUUCCUUUAUUUUUGCCUUUCAAGGAUUCAAAUUAUUGGAUUGAGUGCUACUUUAGGUGAUAAUGAAUUACAUAAAAUGUUGGCUAAUUGGAUUGAUGCCCGAACUUUUCAAACAGAAUUUCGUCCACUAGAAUUGCACGAAUAUUUAGUUCAUGAAAAUGGUCAUAUUUUUAAUUUACUUGAAAAUGGGGAAAAAUGUAGAGAAUUGAACGAAAAUUUUCUGAUUAAAGGAGAUAAUAAAUGCAUAAUUGGGUAA